AUGAUGAACACCAUAAGAUGUUGCCUCUCUUGCGUUCUUCCCUGUGGACCACUCGAUGUAAUCUGGGUCGUCCAUUCUAAUGGCUAUAUUGAAGAAAUCAGUGCCACCAUUCUUGCCUCUGAGAUCAUGAAUGCUAACCCAAGGCAUGUGUUAAAAAGACCCGCAUCCCCAUCUUACACCGACGAAAGUGUAGUUGUAUGCCCGCCAAAGAUCAUAAUCCUUUCACCUGAAGUUGAACUUCAACGUUUCCUUCAGCAAGCCAAAUCUUUAGUUAUAAGGAUGUCACUCAACAGCUCACUAACCUUUGUAGCACUGCUAGUGAUUGGGAUGUGGGCAUGCAAUGUUACAUCUCGAACACUAAAUGAAGACAUCAUGUUACAAAAGCAUGAACAAUGGAUGGCCCGUUAUGGCCGUGUGUAUAGAGAUAAUGAGGAGAAAGAAUUGCGCUUUAAGAUAUUCAAGGACAAUGUAGCCUACAUAGAAGCGUUCAACAACGCUGGGAAUCGUGGCUACAAACUGAGUGUCAACGCGUUUGCAGACCAAUCAAACGAGGAGUUUAAAGCCUCUCGUAACGGAUUCAAGUUUCCAUCCAAGCUGAGAUCCGCUCGAACCACAGCAUUCAGACAUGGGGAUGUGACGGCGGUCCCAUCUAGCAUGGACUGGAGGAAGAAAGGAGCCGUUACCCCAAUUAAGGAUCAAGGUCAAUGUGGGAGCUGCUGGGCUUUUUCGACGAUAGCUGCUACUGAAGGAAUUACUCAACUCACCACUGGGAAACUGAUUUCACUAUCGGAACAAGAGCUGGUAGAUUGUGACAGGAGUGGAGAAGACCAAGGGUGUGAAGGUGGGUACAUGGACGGUGGAUUCACAUUUAUUGUCAAAAACAAAGGCAUCAACACAGAGGCUGCGUACCCUUACAAGGCAGCAGAUGCAACUUGCAACACAAAAGAGGAAGACGUAUAUGCAGCCAAGAUCACGGGACAUGAGGACGUACCUGUUAACAGCGAGUCAGCUUUGUUGAAGGCUGUUGCUAUGCAGCCUGUUUCUGUUGCCAUCGACGCUGGAGAGUCUGACUUCCAGUUUUAUUCCAGUGGUGUAUUUAAUGGAACCUGCGGUACUGAAUUAGACCACGGGGUUACAGCGGUUGGAUAUGGAACAAGUGAUGAUGGGAUCAAGUACUGGCUCGUGAAGAACUCUUGGGGCACCAGUUGGGGCGAAGAGGGAUACAUCAGGAUGCAGAGAGAUGUGGAAGCUAAGGAAGGGCUAUGUGGCAUUGCUAUGAUGGCUUCUUAUCCAACUGCUUAA